UCCCUGCCCGGGCGACCAGGCUGGGGGCGGGGGCGUUUAAACGUGGUGCCCGCGGGCGAGAGGGCAGAGCGGAGGACAGACCUCCAACAGAUUCGUGAUUGCGGCCCCCUCCCCCCAGAUAACGGCUGAUUCAGGCAGCCGGGGAGCGUCGGGGCAACUUGACUAAACAUGGAAGUUCCAAUCAGUGCGGUGCCGUGAGGAGUGACGUCACUGCCAUGUGUCUCCCCCCAGGCGCACGGGCCCGCGGGCGCCAGUGCCGUCCAGAGCCAUGACCAGACCAGAGCAGCUCCCCCGGCCCCCCGGGCCCCCGCGCCGUUAACUCCCGGUUUGCAAGCCAUCCCGGAGGCUGUGCUCCCUUCUGGCUGACUCUGUGCCAGCCGGGGGGGGGGGGGGUGUCCCACGGGUUCCUUGAGGAUGGAGGGAGAUCCGGGGCGCUGGGCGAUGCUAACGGACCCAGCGAUGACUCUCAACCAUGUCACCCUGCGCCCGGGCCCCGUGGGCGUGCAGCCGCAGCAGCAGCGCUGGAGCGUCCCCGCGGACGGCAGGAACCUCAUGAUCCAGAGGGAGCCCAGCCAGCGAGGCCAGCGCCCCGCGGCCCCCGAGGACCCCUGCCGCCGGAGCUGGUCCUCCGACUCCACCGACUCGGUCAUCUCCUCCGAGUCCGAGAACACCUACUACCGGGUGGUGCUCAUCGGGGAGCAGGGGGUGGGCAAGUCCACGCUGGCCAACAUCUUCGCGGGCGUGCACGACAGCAUGGACAGCGACUGCGAGGUGCUGGGAGCAAUAAUGAUACAUAUACCAAAGUAUACAUGGGUGCCUCAGGGGGAGAACGAGUGGCUGCAGGACCACUGCAUGCAGGUCGGGGACGCCUACCUGAUCGUCUACUCCAUCACAGACCGAGCCAGUUUUGAGAAGGCAUCCGAGCUGCGGAUCCAGCUCCGCAGGGCCCGGCAGACAGAGGACAUUCCUAUAAUUUUGGUUGGCAACAAAAGUGACCUGGUGCGGUGCCGGGAAGUGUCUAUUUCAGAAGGGAGAGCGUGUGCGGUGGUGUUCGACUGCAAGUUCAUCGAGACCUCCGCGGCGGUCCAGCACAACGUGAAGGAGCUGUUUGAGGGCAUUGUGCGACAGGUCCGCCUCCGGAGGGACAGCAAGGAGAAGAACGAGCGGCGGCUGGCCUACCAGAAGAGGAGGGAGAGCAUCCCCAGGAAAGCCAGGCGCUUCUGGGGCAAGAUCGUGGCCAAAAACAACAAGAACAUGGCCUUCAAGCUUAAGUCCAAGUCCUGCCACGACCUCUCUGUGCUCUAGGCACCCCGAGUCACCCAGAUGUCCCCCUCGUGGACAUCGUUGAAGGCCAUUGGGACCGAUAAUCUAUAUUAGAUUGAAUCCUUAAACAUUGUGAGAUGCGGCUUCCCCUUCUGCAGCUGGGAAUGUACGUGUUGGCCUGAUGGGCCACCAAAUGCAUGGGAGAUGAAAGGUCUUUGUAAAGAGUCGCUGUUUAUUUACAGGAAAAGCCUGACCUUGCGACUUGAACACCCAAGACAUUAGAGGAUGUGUUCGGUGUUCACACGUGUUUCCUCUUUCCCUUGGGUAGUAGAGAAUCGAAGCCUUAAAAGAAUGCCUAGAAAAAUAACUGUUCAUUAUUAAAAAUUUCCCCAGGGUUCUGAUAUUUGAAUUUGAGGCCACUGGGUCAUAAACAAAUAGAAGAGCGUUUAUUCCAGGGAGGAAGUUCCUUAUAUUUGUGGAGCUAGGACUGUGGAAUCGAGCUCAUCGUGACUGUUAUUGCUCCCUCACGCUGUGAAAAGAAAUGAUGGACCUGCUGGAGACUAAACCUUGCAAAUGGUUUUUGCUCAGUGCUCACAGUUGGGGAUCCAAAAAUUUGUAGACUUGAGGACUGAUACAUGUACCACUAUGGGUUUCAAAAAUUAUAUCUUCACUUCUGUGUCUUAUAAUUUUUUAUUCAGGGCAAUUUAUUUUAAUCAAAUUAACUUAGUCAAACCAUCUUUUGUGUUUCAUUAUUUUUACAGUCACAGGGCCAUCAUAAAAAUAUUUUUAAAAUCUGAAUUAUUGAUAAUCUGGAGUGCAAAGUGCCACAUUUUUAAGUGUAAUCAAAGGCCUGAAUUUUUAUGACAUAAAACAUAAAUACUUCCAGUACUUUGAGUUGACUCUUGUAUCCCACAGCUCUGCUCUAUUUAUUAUUUUGCAAAAUAAUAACCAUUUUAACAUUUGAUAAAGCAUAUUUAUGACAUGUUUCUUAAUAAGAAAAAUGUCCAUUUUGUUAUCAUUUUAUAUCUUUUUUAGAAUAUGCAAGUAUUUACCUAUAUAUCUUAUAAUAAAAGAAAUAAAAUCUUUG